UUAGAUGUCCAGAGAUUUGAAGUAGCUUUCAGCACUUACUCCUCAAAGCGAGCAUGCCAGCAGCACUUUCAAACUAAGAUUUUGUCACAUCUGAAGCUCUAACAAGGUAUAUUUUAAGUGGAGAAGGCUCGUGUAUGUGUUAGGGGGGAGUGGCAUUCACAUCUUUAUAUUAAAUCCUUCCCUCUCCAGACUUCAGUUUGGAACAACAUUCUGGACUUUUUUCAGUGUGAUGCUUCUCUCAGACAUCCUGCAUAAAUGAAUGAUUAUGGAGCUUUUAGGCUUUAUGGGAGGAAUGAGUAAUCAACACCUGGAUGGUUAGUUUUGCUUCUCAUAUCAGGAGUCUGGCUGUUCCAUCUCUUGCCCUGGAACUUCUGCCAACUGUUGCAAAAGAAUACAUGACUUCUCCCCUUCUUUUUUUCUCUUCAAGAUUAACAUGAUGCAAAAAUGAAGAGAAUGAGCAGCCCCUUGCAGCUCCUGGUAAAGCCUUUCUGCACUCUUUGAGUUAGAACAAAAGACACAUGUAGUAAAGUGGAAACACAAAUGGAACAGCCAUGUGCUCUUUUUAGGACACAUCAAGCUAAAUAUCUGUGUUGUGACCUGAACUUGAACAAAGAAAACAAGAACAUGAAAUAUGGGCGGCUUAGAUGUUUACCUGAGUAAUUACUUCGUUUCUUUGCUCGUCUUCCAAGUAAGUUUGUCAUCCUAGUGAAAAUCAAAAGAUAGUGAAGAACAAAGAAAUCCUUGUUACCAUCUUGGUGCAUACAGGCUGUUACAUCACACAAGCAGGCUGUACUUCUGUGAUGUCAGUUUAUGCUGCUUGGAUACUGUAACGUGCUAGCGAUGUACAGGGGAGUCUGUCCUUAGUGACAUCUGUCCUGAUGACAGGGGGUGUUCGGGGAAGGGAGAAAUUACUGCUGGUUGCAGGCCCCUGUCCUUAUAAUGAUACCAGCCUUUGUUAAGAGGAAAGCCUCAAACUGUCCCAGUCAGUAACAACUGCAUGCCUGGGUCUUCCUUGCCUGUGCAGCCCUUUAGCAUCCAGCUCAGGCUAGCUGAAACUAAUGAGAUAUUUUCACUACCUCAAUGCCACAAUGACUUGACUCUGAAGAAGCUUAAGUCUGAUUUAGAAUUAUUGACUGGGAUCCCCUUCCAUUUCCAGCGGCUUCACUACCUGGAUGAAAUAGAUCUGGCAGACGAUUCUACGUUUAUGGACAAUGAUAUUGUCCCUGGUGGAACGAUUACAAUGCGCAUCUGGAGGCAGGAUGGCUGGGGGCAUCUCGUGGCAGCUGCUGCAAAAGGAGACACUGUGAAGCUGGCCCAGCUGGGAGUUACAGAAGAUUAUGCUGGCUCCUCUCCAUAUGCAAAGAUUCUGGGACCAGAGCAGAAAAAGGAGUGGGUAGCGCACCGUGCUUUUGUGGCUCUGUUUGUUGCCAGCCACAGAGGCCAUGUUAACGCUGUCAACUUUCUCCUGAGUCAUGGUGCGGAUGUGCACUCCAAAACUCCACUGGGAAGGACCGCGCUGCACGUAGCUGCUGCCAUGGGCCGCUGUGAGUGCAUCGAGCUGCUCCUGAGCUGUGGGGCACGAGUUCUUGACCCAGAUUGCGAGGAGCAAACCGCGGUGAAGCUGGCCCAGCGCUGGGGCCAGAAGCAGAGUGAGCGUGCCCUGAUGCGUGCCCUAUGGCAGCAGCCGGCCAGUGCCAGGCCUCAGCAGCAGGAUGGAGCUGUGCAGCAGGCCCAUGGCCAGCCGGCCUGAAAUACACGGGCUGACCUGGUUCUGGCAGAUCUCUGAAGACUGUUAGUAACUUUCCCAGUGACGCACGCUUUAAAUAGAGGUCACUCAGUACCACUUGUAGGGUUUUGUUAUGAAAUAACGUCGUAUUCCGAUGGCGCUGCAGCUAGGGUGACAACUAGCUCGGCCGCGCAGCCUGGGAACAUGUGCUUUAUUUGUAAUUUAAGCUUCUUGGCCGUACUGCUUUAAUUUCCUUGAGUUUAAAGUUGCAACCUACAGGGAGAGCCCCUGUUCGCCUGUGGAUGUUGAGGUCUGGAGGUCACAGUGGGGCCGGCAGGGGGUGUCCCAGCACCGCGCUCAGCAGCGGGCGGCAGCGCUGCAUCCUCCCCCGGCUACGGUGCUCAGUCUGUCUCCAGAGUAAGGUGAUAAAUAUCCCUGACUUCCACAUGAAUCAAGUACUAAAGCAAGGUUCAGAACGCUAGGCUAUAGAAGCCAGUUACUGCGGGAGAGCAUAUAGCAAACGUUAUAGGUGCUGGCAUUGAUCUGAACAAACAUAUGCAGAAUUCCUGCUGUAACGAUGCCUGUAUGUACUCUUUUUAAAGAAAGCUCACUCACUGGUUUCCUGUUGGUUAUUAGUUCUAUGUGAUUCAAACAUAUAGAUGUUUGGUAAAUGCUUAGGAGAAUGACAUGAUCACAUUCUAUCAAAGAGAUCAAUAGACGAGGUAUAAAAUGGUGUUUUGUGUCUUGCUGAGCAGUUGGAUAUUGCAAGCAGGAUUAUACAGAGAAAUUUUUAGAAAUCCUUUAUUCUUUCUUAUUGUCUGUCUAGACUGUCUGAUGUGUGCUUAGGCUUCUAGAAAGGAGGAGAGGAUUUGUAGUUGCUUUUAGCCAUUAUGCAGCAUAACUCGGGAGAACAGGGAGAAUGUCAUACCCAGAGAACUGGGUGACCUCAGGACGAGGAUGCCAGAAAUGGUAGUAAAUUACUUAGUAUACAGUCGCGUAGGGAAGAUAGCAAGUAUUGUUUGCUGGUAGCUGGAAACUCACCCUCUGGGAAGAAGAGAGCAGAAAUCACCAGUGCAUUGUGGCUGGGAAAUGAGUAUACACUGAUCCAAAAUUGUUGUGGGGCAAAUUAGAAGAGAAUUAACAUCUGGACAAGGCCAGCACUUAAACAGCAUGUGCUGUUCUUAGUCAAGAAAGAAGAACUUGAGCUAAAGAGAGACCCUCAGAUUAACCAGAGGAAAAGAGAGAGUUUGUCCUCAGGAGAGGACCAGGAAUAUGAGGCAUUUUGUGUUAUGGUUGUUACUUUCUCUUCUCUGCUGCAGUACAGGGAAAGGAUCAGUCUGCAGAAGACUUUAGUGAAGACUCGUUAAUGAGCUUUGGGAUUCUCAGAUAAAGGAACAGGCUGAUUAUUAUGAAGAAGAAAAGAUACUAAAAUGAUUUGGAUUUAAUUUGACCCAGGGCAGGACGAAUGUCACAACUGUCUCCUAAUAUUAGGAAAUCCAAAGCAAUCCUUUUGGAAGGACAGCGACUCCCCUGGAUGCAAAAAGCAGUAAGUUAAAUAAAGAUGACAAGCACAGCAAUAAUUCAUCACACUUUCUUACCGUUACAGCUCACCCCUUUCCUUGCUUGGGCAGAGACCCCCAGUGUUGCUCAGAGCCAUCACAAUGACUGCUGCUCCCUCAGAGCCUUGAGAAAGCCAAUGCUCAGCAAGCCUGAAACUGGCUGCUGCUACUUAGAGGUAGUAGUUGUAGCCAGGGACAGCCUUGGAUGGCUAUGGACUGUCACCUUUGAUAAUUUCAAACAGUGAAAUGUUCCCCAAACAUUUCCUCUUCCUCUAGAACCAUUUCUAACUUUAACUGAGUUACAUCCCAAAUGUUUGCUUUGUUCCCAUGAGCUCCUCUGAGAUAGCUGUUGCAGAAGAGAAGGCCUCAUGUUGUGCCAAAGUGAUGUACUCUUAGGACAUGCCCACUGGUGAAUGGAUGCAUCUAUAAAGGAAUAGCAUUGCAGAGGCUGCGUUGCAGCAGUAGUUUUCAGGCAGUUUGUUGCUUUGUAUCCGAAGGCUCUGUGUGAAUGAUGGUUUUCCCUGUGCAGUGGGUGGAUCCCACUCACUUGGCCAAGAGCUGUGCUUUUACUUUGCUUUAGGGAGCAGACAAGCAUCUCCCUCUGCUCCCAGUUCAUAGCCCUGAAACCUCUCUGGUAUUAAAAGUUCCUUUCAGUGAAGACAGAGGGACCAUUUUUUUCAAAGUGUGUUACUCACUACUGGAACUUCCAUGCUCGUGUGGAUAUGGGUCCUGUCAGAAUCAGGUAACACUGAAGUAGAGUUUGCAUGCUGAUGUGUAAUAUUGACACUCCUGGAAGCCCAGUGCCACAGCUGCUCUGGUCUUACUUGUGAAAUACAGCCUAUAGCAGGCCUCCCUGUGAAACCUGGAGACUGAAACUUGAGAGCAAAGAACCACGACUACUUUGGCAUUGUGCAAAUAACUUGUUAGCUCAGUGUUUUUUUUUUUAAACAGAGUUUUCUUGUUAUACCUGUUCCAUAUUUAUCUGUAGUGCAGAAUGCUGUGGCAAUCACGACGUUGAUUUCUCAAAGUGAAUCAAAUGAAUAGAAAUUGUUAAAUGCUAGAGUACAAUAUAGCUUAUAAAACCCAACAGACAUCAGGAAAGUUGCACUGAUUGGACUCUUAGAUGCUGUUUUCCUCUUGCUUGGGAAACAGAAUUGUAGUCAGCUUGCAAUCUCCUCGACAUUGUUCAUGGAGGAAGCAGACAAAAAAUACCAAUGAAAUAGAAGGGCUGCAAUUUAGUUAAUUUUAUGCUAAACACAAUCAGCAUUCAAACUGGGAGUUACCAAGUGAAAAUGUAUUGAUAGAGAAGCCAAAAUAUUCUCUGUGAUUAAAUGGUGAAAUAUUAAAACAAGAUCUCAGAGACUCCUGAAAGCAUGUAACUGUAUGGCAGAGGAGAUGCAGAGGUGAAGUUUGGCACUACUGAAGUCAAAGGAGGUGACUGAGGUCAUGAAUUAAUCCCCUACACUGGAGGUCAUGAAUCUAUAUGGCAUGAACCUGUGCAGCACUGGUGUGACAGAAGACCUUGUAACAGUAAAGACAAAGAGGAAAAAAAAAAUGUUUUAGAAGAGUCGUUAGAAGAGUGGUUGCUUAUUUAAAAAAAAAAAAAAAAGAAGGUUGCUAAGGAUCUAUCUGUAUCAGGACCAAUAUAUGAAUGCUUUCUCUGCCAUCAGUUUUUAAAUUUGCAGUGUUCCUUGCAUUGUAACCACCAACUGCGUUCAAAGACAACCAGAAUUUGAUUGUGAACUCUUCCUGAGGAUCAUGUUGACCAUUAAUGUUUAGAAAGGAUAGUGGUUCGCAGAUGGAAGCCAAAAGCUAUACACUUUCUAGCAUGCUUCCAACAUCUAUUACGCUUCCAGCAUCCCGUUUAGGUUGGUUUAAUGCCUGACCUACACUGCAAUUGAGGUUAGUGCUUUGCUUUUCCUUCCAGUUCUCCAUAUGCUGUUCUGUUUGCAAGAUUUGCUUGACGUAACUGUCUGGUAUGGUUUGAUGGUGUUUUGCUAGGAUUCCUGUGUGUUCAGAAGCUAAUAAAGGAACUGUCAACUCAAAGGCCUGUCUUAAAAUGUGGCCCUACUGGCUUGGGAUAAGAAGCACAGAGAUUCCUUGUCCAAGCCUCUUCCGUGGAAUUCGUGACGCUAUUUCAAUUCCUUUGGUUUCCAGUAACCAAAAAACCAUUGGGGUCAAGCAGAAGUCAAGGUAUAAAAAUUAAUCACCGUGAGCUUCCUUACUUAGAAGCUGGGCCAUAUGUUAAAGGAAUGAGCAGUUCUUACAUCUCUUGAUGAGUGUUUGUAUGCAUCAUUCAAAUGUACAUGUGUUUGAAUUCCAGCCUGUAUUGAUUGAAUUGGUCUAUGAUAAUAAACAGGAUAAAUAAAUCAGAUGAAAGUAAAAGUACUGAUGUGCCUGUAGAAUGGUGUGGGAUUAAAUUCAGUGCUGUGACCUUGAGCAGGAUGUAAUUUCAAAAGUGCCUUAAUUAUGAUGAUGACAUAAAAUAAGGCUGAGGAAGCUGGAAGGGCUGAAGGAAUAGGAGGCAGAGGAACAAAACAAACUCAUUUGGAAUGACUUGGUUUCACUAGGAUUACAGCCUGAUAAGUGGCUUAUGUGGUUUAUGGUAAGGAAGUGUAAGGCCGGGGACCAUAGGUAGUCAGACUCCAGUUGGAGUGAGAGUAGUGUGCAGUACAGAUCAGGGCAUGGCAAAAAGGGCACAUGAAACAUUGGGGGAAAUUGUUUCUAAGGUGCAUUGCUGUCUUGGUGCUUCUUUUCUGACAGAGAUCUGCUAUACAGCUGUGCUUGCUGCACAGCUGAGGAACUGCUGGCCCUGCUGAAGGGGCUUCUGUUCAGCAUUGCCAGUGCAUGAGCUCCCAUGUAAAUGAGAGAUGGGUUUGAAAUGAUCUUUCUCCUUGAGGAUUUCCAAAUACAGUUUUACCUUGUUCUGGGUGCAAACUAAAGCAAAGGGGAAGAUGGAGGGAAUGUGGCUGUGUCAGCACAAAUUAGGGUGACAGAGUCAGGUCUUGUCUGCCAGUGUAGAAAUGGCCAGGAGUCCCUUAAUGCUGGUUUCUCCAGGGAAAAGUCCUCUAAGACCUAUGAGAUGGGAGCCUGCUAAUUGCAGAUGAAGAGAGGAGAUCCAGCUUUUGAUGGAAGAGUGAACUGCAGCUGGGCUGCCUACUUUUUCUUACUUGUGGCUAAAUAGCCUUUGAAACUCACUUAAAGGCAGAAACAAUAAAAGGAGGAGGGCUCUCUGCAUUGAAAUCUACUGACGCCCUCCCAGGUUUCUCUGUUAGAUAACAUAUUAACCACUCCUGUUCAAAAGUGCUUUCUCAAAGUUGGCCCAUAUCUCUAACCACUGUUUUGAAAGAACAGAUAUUUAAAAAUGCAGUCUUUCUAUCUUAUAUUUACUGACCCAACUUCAUUUAUAUCCGGAAAGAUUCCCAACAGUUGAUAUUUUUUUUCUAGCAUCUUAACACUGCAUCAAUAGUACAUGGACUUGUCUUUUUCGUUGCUGCUGUAUUAGGUGGAAAUCCAUUAUCGUCUAGAAGCCGUGGCUGCAUGGGUUGUUUGCAGUGGUUGUAAAGGCAGUGAGGAGCUACAGGGAAAACUGAACUGGGAAGGGCAGAAGCCAAGGCAAGCCAUGAAAAUUCGCAGUGCUUAUGUCAGACCUGAGUCAUGAAUGUAGAAUGGGAAAAGAAUACGAAGGAAAAAUUCCAAGUGCAUCUCUUAUUUCCCCCUUUUUUUGAGUCUCUUUGGGUUUCGUGGCUUCUGUUUGACAUGCUGUCCAGUUCAGCGUCCCUGCUGGAGAUGCUGGAAGCAGGCACGAUGCGUUUCGAUGUGGAUUCAACCCCCAUCCAGAAAAGUACCUCUUCCUGUGAUGAUUUUUACUAUUGUAAUAACAAUGAUGAAGGAAAGGUGACUCCUGUGUACUUGUGCCCCAUGUUUCUGUUAUCCAUUGGGUCUCCACAGCACAUGGACGGCGUUAGAAUCUGCAUCCUUGGAGUUCCUUUGUCGGUUUGAGCUGUUGUCACACGCUUAGCUAAUACCCUCCAGUAAUUUCCUUAUUCAUAUGCACACUUAAUGUCCUUAGUCAUUAGACUGAAAAAUGUUAACCUUGUCAUAGUUAGUGACUGGAAGCAGAAAAGUCCAUUUAGUUCUCAGGGGAAUGAAUUCUAAUUUUCUGCUUGUCAGAAAGUGACAUUUUACAUAUUUUUCUCUUUUUUUUUUUCCCCCACUGUUUUAGUGCUAAGUUUAAAUAUGUGUGUGUCAUAGGAAGAGACUUUUUGUCUCUGCUGAACACCCCGAAAGGCCUGGCAGGAAUCCAGUGCAUGAGCCUCUUGACCAGCAGCUUCUGCUCGAGCUCAUUUCGAGCGCUGGGGAGAAUGGGAAGUGAGAGCGAAAAGUUAAAAAAUAAGGGGUUACUGCAGAGGGCAUAUUAACAUUGCAUGUCAGAAUGCAUAUUUUUUUCCCCUGGAAAAUAUGGAUGAAAAGCAGCUCAUCUGGAAUAAAAUAUCCGAUGAAGAAACAAAUUAUGUUAAUCAAGCAGGCUCGUACUAAUAUUUGUCAUUAAGAUGUGACACAUUCUAUUUAAUGUCACAGACUGCUGCAACCCUUUGAGAAGCGUGCUGGUUGGAAGGCAGCUUGCCUGCACUCACUGAGUUCACUGUUCUGUGGAAGGGAAUAACUUGUGUCUUGAAAAAUAGAUGGCAUUUAUGGCAAAGAGAAAUAAUCCUCCCACAGAUUACAGCUGUUCCUUGCAUUGUUGUGCUGGUGGUCUUAUCAGUGGAUAUUUUCUGUGUUGUUUUUUCGGUUGUUGGUUUUUCUUUUUGAUACAUUUCCAUAAAGCUGUUCUGAGGAGAACAUUGUGUGCUGGGAGCUGGAUGUAUUUUGAGAAAGAGACACCACUACAAAGAACUUGGAGUCUAAAUUGAAAAGAUGGAUGAAGUGAAAAUGAGGGAUGGUUAUUUUGCUUUUUGCAGAUGGGAACUGAAGCAGGAGAGCGUGACUGUUGUGGCCAAAGUCACCCUGGGAGUCCACAGAACUGCAUCCUGAUCUUUGAAGUCCAAUUUCAGUAUCUUUACCAUGUAUUGCCUUUCUGUUCCCUUGCUGCUGCAUCUAGAUUAAAUAUGCACAUGUGUAGUGAGAUAAACAUGUUCUACAUAUGGUUAGCCAAAUUCUGACCUUAGGGACAUGAAGCAAGCUCUGACUGAUACAGUUAGGAGCGCUUUCAUGGAUGGACUCAACCCAAGGAAUACAAAAGAGUGUUGGCAUUCAGCUGAUGAAACAUCCUCUUGUAGGCUUGAGGUGGAACUGUGUUUUAACCAACUGGGGCCUCUCCGUGAGGUCAGGAGAAGGCAUGGCAGCCAGUGGGUAACAAGCGGCGAGGCUGAUUGUCUGACUCUUGUAUUGUCUGCACACCAGAUAACGAUUAAUUAUUUGCAUGUAAGAAAUCAAUAAAUGGGUACCAUAGGUUUUGGAGGAAAUAGUGUGUACUUAUCUACUUCUUCAUAUUAAAAAAUGGGAAAAUGGCCAGCACAGAGCCCUUCUUCAAAACAGCACGAGAUUCUGGCUCACUGGAUAUGAUGAUCCUUUCUCAUAUUUGGAUGCUUUUGUUAUACCACGAGUACUGUCCACAUGUGCAUUAUUCAGCUCUGAAACAACAAUGGCAAUACUGCCAAAUGCACAACUAACAGAAUAUAAAAUGCAGUCUAAAUAAUUUUAGGAUUUAUGUGUUUUUAGUCUAAUGUGUUUCAUGAAAUCUCAACAUUGUUUGCUGCCGCAGCACCAGUAAGCCCAUAGGUGCAGUGCAAAGCAAUCUGACUGUAAUGCCUGUCCCUAUUGACGGUGACUGAUUAGCAAUGACUCCAGGGGUAUGAAUGAAAGGAGAAUUAAAAGCAGAUUUAGGGAGUCUUUUUUCCUUCUUGAGUCUUAAGUGUAUAAUGCUGCAUAAAUACGUCAGGGACAUCUUAACUGUGAUUUGCUGAGUAUGAAGAAGAUUGUUUCUUCUGAAGUUAAAUAGCACUGACCCAAGGUGAAGGAGUUAGUCCUAAGCUCUCUGUUGCUAAUAGCUAGCCCAUAAAAAUGCUUGUUUUCUCGGAGCUGUACCUUAAACAAAUAGGAGGACAAACAAAUACGGUGAAAUAUUUUGCUCUGAACCGUGGUGAGAGCUGUUGAAAUUGGUCUUUUCCCAUUUGCAUACAAGUAACUCAAAUGAUUAAUGGCAUUGCUUCCAGGAGAGCAAACAGCAGCAGCGCUCCCUGCAAGCCAGCUAGUUGGCACUGCAGUGUGUUACCGCUAUCCUGGCACCGUGCCCUGGUCAGAGCCAGCUCCCGGCCAUCCCGAGGUGCAGGCUGAAGAAAAUGUUACUGUCAUGAAGAUUCAGGGGCCAUCUCCUGGCGUUCCGUGCUGCAGGGAAAGAGCAGGAGGUGUCGGAGCUCUCCGUCCUCCCAGUCCCUGACCCAGCAGCACUACUCUGCACAGACUGUUGUGCCUGUGAUGGAAGCACGCAGCCAGCCUGACUGCUCGGGACUUGGGCUUAAGCAAGAAGGGCUGUUCUGUUACCCCUGAGUCACCAGAGAACUGACUACAGCCAGGGAAGAAGUAGGGUGCAGACAGUGCCCGCCCUUCUGUGGGUUUCCUUCCUGCUUUCCUGCCCAUGAGCCCUGUGGCACUGGCACUGCUCAAUAACUAUACCUUUGCUUCUGCUAAGAGACGGUGAACGUGCGAGGUUUGUUCCUUCAGCAAGCCUUAUUUGAGAUGGAAGCUGCGCUGCACAUAAUAGGGAGCACAAGAAAUGACUGGAUUUUAUUUAAACAAAGGAUUUGACUGUGUGCUGGCAAUAAGAGCAUAAUGGCUGCUUGGUUUUUCCAGACGAGAACUGUGGCUCGCUGGUUUUUGUUUUUUUUUUUUGGGCUCUUGUUUUUGUUUUUGCUCCAGCUUUUAAGGAUGAGAAUGUUGUGUCUGACGCAUGUCAGCGAGCAGAGGAGAUUUACUAGCAUGGCUGGGUUCGUCUUGCUCCCCUGUGAUGAAUAAAAGCAUUAACCGUCUCUCACUUCAGGAGGAGAAGGGGGGCUGUCUUCAGCCUGCGAGAAGUGAGAAGGCUUUGUCAGGUUUGGGUCAGGCGGAGCACGGGGCUGAGCGCCGCUCAGAGGGCGGACGAGCCGGGUGUCACUCGGCAGCCUGCAGGCAGCGCUCGGAAAGGCAAGAGACAGCAGCGUGCGUGCGGGGCGCGGGGUGAAGGCUGCCAUGUCUUGUUUUGGUGCAAGGCUGUUUGCUACAACAAGCAUCCCUCUGGAAAGCAGUCUCGGAAAGAUGGAUUGAAUAAAGAGCAGAGAGAGAAAUGGCCGUUUCCGUGCUCUCCGUGUUGGAACUAUGUAUAAUGCGUUGUCUGAGCUGUUGCAAGCAUUGCUUAACAAGAUGCCUGUCUGGUUGUGAUCCCAGUCUGGUACAUUUGAGGCCUGAUCCUGCGGUCAGUUGCACCCAGUGAAGCUGGUGUCAGUGGAGCCCUGUAACCACGUAACUGAAAAGGGCUGGGUAAACUUAGUUUUUGCCUGUGCCAGGUCUCAAUUGUGGAGAAAUGUAUUAAAAACUUGGAGUUUUCUCAGUUUGUUAACAGGAAAUGCAGAACUUUUAGAUAAUUUCUACUGAAAUGAAUGAAGAAAUUCACCGCUCCUGGUGAAUUUGAGAGCACUCAGGUAUCCUCAAAGUCCUUAGCUUUUUGUUACCUUUGCAAAUCAGGGAUAAUAAACUUAAAAGACGUAAAAGAUAGCACAGGUAAUUAUCCUCAGAGUUACUCUCUAAAAAAGAUGCUUUAAUGCAUUGUACUCAUGUACGUAGCAUAACGUAACACGUAACCUCUAUGAUGCACUUAUGGAGAGGAGGAAGCACGCUUAUUUUAAGCUCAGUUUUUUCAGGUGCUCUCAUUUCUCACGAAAGAAAUAAUGGACUAAGAAGUAACAACCCGGCUUUGUUCUACAAUUUCCUGUGCUGAUGCUAAACGUGGUGAAUUUUUUGUGCUUGUAGAAGGUUGACUAAGGCUGUGUUAUGUUACUUUUGAGAUUAAUGUACUGAUUUAAGAAUAAAUAAAGCAUCAAAGGCUGGAAAAAUCUUACACUGGGGAUCAGCAGUGAUGAUGCUUUUUGCUAAGCUGCUUUACAGCCUUUGGAAGUGGCAGUGUUCCGGAGAAUAGACUGCCUCCUGCGUCCAGUAGGAGCUUUGUGUGUUAGAGCAAAUAGAGCUGCAUCUCCUUAAAGGAAUGGGAAUUAAAAUUAACCUGUUGUGUUUACUUCUGUGUCUGACCCCAUCUGAUCCUUCCCUGAACAUCUGGUGAGCUGCCUCCCCCAGCACUGUCUGUUGUUACACGGAGGCUGGCUGAAGCCAGCUCAUGAGCAGUGGAGGGGAAAAGGCAAGUGCUUCAGAUCACCCUUUGUGCAACCUGCAGUUUCUCUGAUGCUUUGUGCUAGGUGUGCCGUGGCUUGACGCUGUCUUGGGAGAGUUUUGAACAUUUCAUGCUCUGUAAUGGUGUAUAGAACACAGCGCUCAGACUGGUAAGUGUAUCUUACUUUAAAGGCGACGGCAUGCUAAGAGUUUCAGCUCUGAGAUGGAAAGCUGCCCUGUGGUAUUGUUCAGGUUAUAUCCGAGGAUUUACUGUUAGAAACCUUUAUGAAAAUAAAUCCACCACUGAGGCGUACAAGAAAGAGUGGUCUUCUAAUCUCCUUGUUCUGUAUAACUGAGCAAGUGUUGAGAUGUGUGUGAGCGGCCUGAAACCCCAUGAUCAAAAAUAUCUCCAAGUCAUCUGACCAAAACAAGGUCCUUUCCAGAGUUCCGUUUCCCUGGUGCAACAUGAAUCAGGUGUUAGCAAUUUCUCUGUUAGUUCUGGAAAGUUUCUGGUUUUGUUUUGAAUGCUGCUUUAUGGCUGGUCCUUUCCAUGUCCGAUAGAGCAGAUCAAAGGGAUACAGUUUUUUUUUUUUUUACACUGAACCUGAUCAGUUUCACAGCACGGCGGUAUCAUUUUCCAGUACAGUUCAGUUUAUUAUGCUCUAGUCCUAUGACAUGGUUUGACAAGCUUUCAACCAGUUAAAUUUGAUGGGAUGUGAAAACCACAGGAGCCAGGAAGGAGGUAAUAGUCUGUGAGCAGGCCUUAUCUGUCUUGCUGCAAUGACACUUAGGGUUUCGCAUUUAGAAACCCAGUGCAAAGAGUGACCUGGACUGGGCUUCACAUGGGAGUAGAGGUUUUGGUCUGGUUGACAAUGACUAGUGUUUGUUGCUUUGGGGCUUUGUAGAAUGUGAAAGAAACCACAAACAAUCCUUCACUGAAGGAAAUGAUAUGAGUGAAUGGGGAGCCUCAGAUCUCCAAAAAGGAGGGGGGAAAAACAUAUAAAAAAAAUCCACAUCCUCUGUUUUGUAAGGCAAGCGAUCUCAGAACGAAAUGCAGGCUGACAGCAGGAACUGGGACAGGAACUUCUGUGCAAACUUAGGACUAGCGUGGUUAUCCAUGAGGAUGGCAGGGGAAUAGAACCUUGUAGAAAUGUACAAGGGCAAUCAGAGCUAUUCUUUAAGUGGCCGCUCUUUGCAGCAGCAAAAUCCAUUUUCUGUUCACAUUCUGUGCUGGCUUUUCAUUUUGCUUCUCUUGGUAUGGUGACUGCAAUUUGAUUAGUGCCGCUUACACAGGAUCGCUAUUUCACUAUCAUCUAAGCAAAAAUCUUCACUCUCUGAUGCAAAAUCCAUUUUAAAUAAGAAUCUUUCAAAUUCGAGCUCCCUGUAAAAUAUCUUGUAUUAAUUAAAUUGUAAAUAGCAAGAGCCAGUUGGAUGCCAGUUCUAACAAUACAGGAAGGAACGCGCUGUGAAGGAAAAUGCACCAGUUUUUUUGCCUACCAGUGAUGUUGAUCAAGCAAGCGCUGAUGAGAAAAAUAAUUCUGAUUUCAUAGUUCUUCAACUUAAAUGCAAUUGUAACUUAAGUCCCUACAAUUAUUUCAUCACACAUCCGCAGUCACGAAGGGUGCGGCUGAUUUCUUUUCACGUAUUGCUGUUGAUUGUGGACAAAAUGCACAGAUAUUUCUGCGUAUCGAAUUCUGAAUGCGUACUCUGUAGUUUCUCUUUAAAAACAGUGUUAGCAAGGAGCUAGUUUGACUGAAAGCAGUCAGGAGACAAGAUGGCUUCAGCUCUGUGCAAAAUGUUAGCAACGGAGGAACUGCUGCUUCACUUUGCUAACGUGAGCCUCAGGCCAGCAAAAGCUUGAUGAAUGACUGCGUUAAAUGAAGAUUACACUGAAGUGUAGAAGACACAUAAAUAUUGUCCUGUUUUCAAAUUUCGGUUAAAAACAGUCCAUGUAACAUUUUAUGUAUGUUUAGAAACAUCUCCUUCCGCUCCAACUUGCAUAGGAGCCCAGGCUUAGACAUUUGUAUAGAAUUACAUUUCUCCUGAAUUCUGCUGUGUUUUUGAAGUGAUUUAAUUUUGGUAUGAAGCCUUGCCCCCGCUGCGUGCACUGAAUUUACUAACGCUGUCCCGACCUUGGAAAUAGCGUGAUAUUUUACAGCAUGCAGUGACAUUUAUGUGUGCAACUUGGCUCCAAAAAAUAGGUUAAUUUCCACAAACGAGAUGCCAGGUUUGAAACCUUACAAAACGAUUUAAUAAUCCUGUAUCAGCAAGUUGGGCUCACGAUUGAGGCAGCUGACUGGGCAGUGCGUUGUCAGCUGCAAAUCCAAAACUACUUCACACAUUUUUCAGGUAUAAAGGGUCAAAUUAAAUGUGCUGAGAAAAGAAAUAGGUUUUUAGUUUUGUGUAUCCUUGAAUACCAAAAUCCUAAAUGUGUGGACCAGCAAUUAACAGAUUUAUGCUAUAGGAAGUUAAAAUUCUAGGCAAUAAUCUUUACGCAUCCCCCAAAUUAUCAAAGUAUUUAUGAAGUAAAAGUACAUUAAGUGAUGGAAAGCGUAGUUAAAAAAAAAAAAAAAAGCAACAACCUUAUUGUUCGUACAGAGUUAAUAUCCAGACAUUGGGAAUAAAAUUCAGAAACGUCCAACGAUGGGUGGUGGAUAAGGAGCUUAUUUGGGUUUUCAGAGUCAAACAGUGACUCAUGGAUUUGGUUUUCACUUCACACAAACAUUUCUGGAUCUUUGAUGCCAGCUCUGGACCUUUAAUGUAACAUUUUGAAACAGUGGUUGUGAAGCUCCCCUUUCAUUUAGCUGGAAUUCAUGUAAUUUUGUUGCUACCAAAUUACAUAUUAAUGUUACAAUACCUGUUUAUCUAAAUCAGACAAGAAUAAAAGGAUCUAUACAUGACCUUAAAACAAGCUGAGGAACCAUUUUAUAUAUAUAUGACACACACAUAUAUAAUAAUAAAUAUAAUAUAUAAUUAAAUACAAUAAAUAUUAUAUAUUUAUAUAAAUAUAGAAAGCUAGCAAUAACAAGAAAGCAUUUAAUAUUUAAAAACAAUGUAAAAUAUAAUUAACUUGGUUUUUCACUGAACAGUUUACACGUUAUACUUGGUAGCUAAAAUGCAACUUAGUUUAAAUUUGCAGUGUCUGAUUCCAAGUAAUUCUUUAUUCUGUUUUUUAAGGCUGGAGUUAGUUCUGCUAUGUAUUCUCAUUCUUCAGUAAUCUUUCCAAAGGAUGUGAUUCACUUCUCCAUUAUUUGUAAAGAAUAUGGAAAAAGUAAAGCAUUGUUAUUUUGUGGGCACUUGGAACUGGAUGUAAAAAAGUAGGUGGGCUGUUGAUCACUGUGAGUCAUUUGUUGGGAAGAAGGAAAGAACAAACGCUAGCUGCUGACCUACUGCUACGAAACCAAGGGCUUAGUGCUGACUCAAGUACAAAAUGAUUGCUGCAGAAAACAAUGGGGAUCUAGCAGCAGGAUUAAAGAGGAAAGCCUUUCCUUUCUAAGUAAUAAGGAGUAUGAAGGAAUUGCCUGUAUGAAUUUCUUGGAGACUGUUAUUUGUUUCAACAAUCUUGUAUUUGAGAUGUUAAAUGUUAGUGAACUAGAAGCAGAACCUGCAAACUGCUGCUACACCUAAAUGAGGCUCCUCUGAGUUUUCAGGAGUCCUGGCACAUCGGCAGGUAGGUAAUGAAGAGCGAGGCUGAGCCCUCUAACGCUGAGAUAGCUGCACCAAUAGCUCCCAGUGCAAUCCCUUGCUGUUAACAGGUAUGUGUUUAAUGUAAAAUGUAGUUUGCAACACUGUGUAACACGUGAGAGAACAAAUACUACAGAUUUCAGAAAUAAUCUAUUGCACGUAAGCAGGCAUUCAUGUGCUUUGCUGUUAACGCCUUCCUCUUAUCUCCAUUUGCUUUGCUAACAUCAUUGCAGGAAGCGUUUAAUAGCAUCCAAGGGAACAAUGUGCCUCUUCUAAACCAAGCAUCGUGGAUUCCCCAUUGCUUACAGGAGGAACCAAUUCAUAAUAGCUUUAUCUGAGAGUGCGAGACAGGAGUGACCCAGUGCUCAUUCCGAUCCUCAUUCAGAUAUUUGAUUGAUUUUAAUGGCAGUAUGGAAACGUAUUUAAUUUUCUCUCUCCACGCUGUAUUGUACUGUGCUAUGUGGUUGCUAUGCCUGGUAAACAGGAUACAGGUGAGAUUCCACAAGCUGCCAAAUCUAAGUGCUGUGUGACAAACCUUCCAACCAGAGAGUGAGUCUUUGAUCAACUGAGGAAUGCCUGGUAGGUUAUUCAAGAAACUACUGCAUUGUUUGUGUGUUUGUUUUUAUUUCUACACAAAUAUUUCUGAAAAUAGGCUUGCCAUAAGAAAUGAUUUGAU